AAAGAUGGCUUUGAUAACUCUCGCAUGAUUAUUACCGUCAUUUGGUUAAAGAUUGUAAUCGGGAACAUUUCAGUUGAAACAUUUCCCUAGUUUGUAAAAAAUGAUAAGGAAGCGAUACUUCCUAACACCUACAGGAACUAGUUCCCUUAUAGCCUCUGGAGUAGGUUAGAGAAUAAACGUUACCAUGGCAACUUCCUCGGCCGCGGAGUUAACGUAUGGUACAGUACGUUCCAGCAAAGACGAGCAGAACGGAGCCGCGAAGCCCGUGGAAAAGCUGGAUUCAAACAUUUGAUCUUUCCGCACAGACAGGAGUCAUUUAUGGGAUCACGGAAAUAUAUUUGAAUAUAUAGCCUACUGCUAGUUGGACGGAAAAAACAAACAAACAAACAAACAAAAGCAAAAACCACUGUCAAAACAAACUGGUCGGAAGUGGGAUCUAUUAUGGCAAAAAGGAAACUCAAGAAAAACCCAAAGGAACCAUCUUCAGUCGUAGGGGAGAAACAGGCAAGGCACAGAGAAAUGACACAAACAGAGAAAUAUAUAUUUUCCCUUGCUGCAAUUGCUCUGGUUGUAGCCGUUUGCGUGGCACCACUAACGGCUGAAAUAUCUACCUCUGGCUUUGCUUAUCAUAAGCACAGUGUCCUGAAGAUGGAUGAGGCAUUGCUGACAGUCAAUAAUGAUCUGGACAGUGAGGUGGUGGUGUCCUGGAUGUCAGAGCGCUGCUACCAGUGUUUGUACCAGCAGCUUGGGGUAGUACCGGGGGCACCCAGUCCUGGCCAGCCCAGUUCAGUUGACUUUGUUGUGAGCACACAGCACGAAAUUACACUACAGCUCAACAGCACUCCUGUCAACCUGGAGCUGUGCACGGUUCCUCUCCAUUUUGGGGAGCAGGGAAACUACUCUCUGUGGGUCAAAAAUCUGAACAACCUCUCAGAGGUCAACUGCUCUGUAGUGACUGAUGCAGACCCCGUCAACAGCUACAUACCAAUAUUGGUAGCUUUCCUUAUCUUUGCUGGACUGGCCUUUGUGUAUGGCAUUGGAAGAACAAUAUUGGGGCUUGAUGUAGUAAGACAUAUCCUCUUCCGAAUGGCUGGCUCCAUAGAGAUGGAGAGGCUCAUCAACUCUGAACUGGGCUCCCCUGGCAGGACAGUGGCACCAGUCACUGACAACAUCCUCCCUCCCCCACCCAACCCCAGCAAGAGGCUGCGAUCUCUGGACACAUUCAGAGGUAUUUCCUUAGUAAUUAUGGUGUUUGUGAACUAUGGAGGGGGACGAUACUGGUUCUUUAGACACGAAAGCUGGAAUGGUCUUACUGUUGCAGAUCUAGUCUUCCCUUGGUUUGUGUUCAUAAUGGGGACAUCCGUUGCACUGUCAAUCAACUCCCUGCUGUGUGCAGGCUCGACACGCUGCUCGCUGCUGAGGAAAGUUGUGUGGAGGAGCCUGCAGCUCUUCAUCAUCGGUGUCUUCAUUAUCAACCCAAACUACUGCCAGGGUCCAUUAUCUUGGGACAACCUGCGGAUCCCAGGUGUGUUGCAGCGCUUGGCCUGGUCAUACCUAGUUGUAGCCUGCCUGGAUCUGUUGGUGGCGAGAGGUCACCUUGACAUCCUUACAAUGGGUGCUUGGUGGUCCCCUGGCCUUGACAUCUUGCUGUACUGGCCAGCUUGGCUGUUUGUGCUUCUCUUAGAAACCAUAUGGCUAGUCCUCACUUUCACACUUCCUGUACCAGACUGCCCAACAGGCUAUCUUGGUCCCGGUGGGAUUGGGGACAUGGGCCUAUACGCUAACUGCACCGGUGGAGCUGCUGGUUUCAUUGACCGUUGGCUGCUGGGAGAAGACCACAUAUACCAGACUCCCUCGUCACGGGUUAUUUAUGCAACUCACAUGCCAUAUGAUCCAGAAGGUGUUCUUGGCAGCAUCAACUCUAUCCUCAUGGCUUUUCUUGGAUUACAGGCAGGAAAAAUAAUCUUGCACUACAGAGAUCUCCACACAAGUAUAAUGUCAAGGUUUCUUAUAUGGGGUCUCCUAUUGGGAGCCAUAUCAGCAGUUCUGACCAAGUGUUCCACAGACCAGGGCUUCAUUCCUGUCAACAAGAACCUAUGGUCUCUGUCCUAUGUGACAACAUUGGCCUGUUUUGCCUUUGUGCUGCUAGUCCUGGUCUAUUACACAGUGGAUGUAAAGAAGUGGUGGUCUGGAGCACCUUUUUACUACCCUGGCAUGAACUCCAUCCUUGUGUAUGUGGGCCAUGAAGUGUUUGAGGAGUACUUCCCCUUCCGUUGGCGCAUGGCCAACAGCCAAUCCCAUGCUGAACACCUCACCCAGAAUCUCGUGGCUACUUCCUGUUGGGUGUUCAUCUCCUAUGUGCUCUACAGAAAGAAGAUUUUCUGGAAAAUUUAGAAGUGGAGCCCCUAAAUGAUGGAUCCUUUGGACAAUAAUAGCAGAGGACCUUGUUACAUCAGACUUGCUGGAGUUAUAAUCUGAAACUUUUUUAUUUUGUCAAAACUAUGAUGGUUGUCUUUCUCUGAACAUAUAUGGGGUUUUUUCUUUCAAACAGCACAAUUUUUUAAUGUUUAGUCACUGCUUAUUGGACUAUAAAUGUUUAUAGACAUUUUUUUUUCCAAAGAUCUUCAGAUAUGACGCAGCUAAUCCCUGCCAGAUAUCUUAACUGACUCAGGAAGAACUUGUCCAAGAAUAGUUUGAGAAUUUUUUGAACUACGAAGACUGACAUUGUUAAUCUACUAUUUGACUGUUUGUUAUAGAUGCAGGUUUUCAUUCAUCGUCUUGUGCCACGGCCUACAGCAGCAGGGUGUUGCAGUAGUGGUUUAAUAAGCCCUUCUGGACUUCCCCUUGGGAGAAUCCCCGCUGCCAUCUUAAGUACCGUGGCAUUACUCUGAAAGCUGAAGUGGGUUUUUUGUGAGAUUGACUCUUCAAGAGCAGAAGGAGACAAUAAAUGAUGUACACAUUAAAGAAAAGACUACCAAGAAUGCAUUUUGAUCUCUCAUCAUUUCCACUGCACAAUUGAGGGUGGAAGUGAUAUUUAAACAGAGAAAACAGUGUGUAGAGGUUUUAAAACAGCAAAGUUAAACAUCUGCAAUAUUUAAUUCUUCAGCUGUCUGCGUAGAUUUAUUCAUCAUUUAUUAUUGUAUGUUGGUAGGCCGGCUCAAAUACAAGUGUUUUCCAUUUGUAAUCCGCUGCUCCCCUCUGACCCCGCUCCUUCGCUUAGCAAGGGUCCAGUGGUGUGAUGUAUAUGAUGCUGCGUGUUACCAAGUGCUGAGGGGAAGUGAAGGAGGGCAUGUGAAAUGACUAUUGAAACCCACAGUGCUUGUUUUGCAUUUUGGUUAAAUGCAUGUGUUUUUAUCCAAUGCUUCAGUUUGCAGAAACAGACGUCAAAGAAUUUCCCCUUUUAUUUUAUUACACAUGCUCAUUGUUAUGUUUGCAUUACCAGAAAGGAUUUGUCU